UGCUAUCCAGUUAAAUUUCCCCGUCAACGGGUUGUGCCAAAACUGUGCUCACUGCGCCUUGCUUCCUCUCCACAGAACGAACACGGACGAAAAGAACACCAUGUUAUCCAGAUUUAAAGACGCUACAUUUCAGCAGUGAAAAGAGGAGGGAGAGACGGAGGAGAGUGAACUAACAACAUAGGCUAGAAAGGGACUCGGAGAAUAGAGAAUCCCACCGACCAUCUGCGUGAGGCGAGAGAGAGGAGGAGGAGGCCGAAGGGAGAGCAGCAGCAGACUGCGCUCUGGAAUAACCUACGGUUCCCGUUGAUUUGAAAGGAGAAUUUUGAAUUGUAUUUAUUAUUCUGUGAGACGUUUUACUAAAUUCCCACAAAAUGUCAUCUUCUGGCAAAGACAACAGCGCACACUAUAUGAACUAUGUGGGACCUUAUCGUUUGGAAAAGACCCUCGGCAAAGGACAGACAGGCCUAGUGAAGCUGGGAAUCCACUGUGUCACGUGUCAGAAAGUGGCCAUCAAGAUCGUCAACAGGGAGAAACUCAGCGAGUCUGUCCUCAUGAAGGUGGAGCGAGAGAUAGCCAUUCUGAAGCUCAUAGAGCACCCUCACGUUUUAAAGUUGCACGACGUCUACGAAAACAAGAAAUAUCUGUAUCUGGUGCUAGAGCACGUGUCAGGGGGAGAGCUGUUUGACUACCUGGUCAAGAAGGGACGGUUAACACCCAAGGAAGCCAGGAAGUUCUUCAGGCAGAUCAUCUCAGCUCUGGACUUCUGCCACAGUCACUCCAUAUGUCACAGAGAUCUGAAGCCUGAGAACCUGUUGUUAGAUGAGAAGAACAACAUCAGGAUAGCAGACUUUGGCAUGGCGUCUCUGCAGGUCGGGGAUAGUCUGUUGGAGACCAGCUGCGGAUCUCCUCACUAUGCCUGCCCAGAGGUCAUAAGGGGGGAGAAGUACGACGGGAGGAAAGCAGACGUGUGGAGCUGCGGGGUCAUCCUCUUUGCACUUUUAGUGGGCGCCCUGCCAUUUGACGAUGACAACCUGAGAAACCUGCUGGAGAAAGUGAAGUUGGGUGUUUUCCACAUGCCCCACUUCAUCCCCCCAGACUGUCAGAACCUCCUCCGGGGCAUGAUCGAGGUGGAUGCCACUAAGAGACUCACGUUGGAGCAGAUCCAGAAGCACAACUGGUACAUAGCUGGGAAGAACGAGCCUGAGCCGGAGCAGCCUGUCCCCAGGAAGGUGGCCAUCAGAACCCUGAGCACUGAAGAGAUAGACCCGGACGUCCUGGAGAGCAUGCACUCUCUGGGUUGCUUCAGAGACAAGGGCAAACUCACCAAAGACCUGCUCUCUGACGAUGAUAACCAGGAGAAGAUGAUCUACUUCCUGCUACUGGACCGGAAGGAGAGGUACCCCAGUCAGGAGGACCAGAACCUCCCCCCGCGCAGUGAGAUUGCUGACCCGCCCAGGAAGCGGGUGGACUCCCCCAUGUUGAACCGCCAUGGGAAGAGGAGGCCGGAGAGGAAGUCUAUGGAGGUGCUGAGCGUCACAGAGGGGGGCUCUCCUGUACCUGUACGACGAGCCAUCGACAUGGCCACACAUGGACAGAGUAAGUCUGUUUUCAGUAAAAGCUUGGAUAUCACAAACGCUAACCUCACCAAAGAAGAAAGGUCACGGUCUAUCAGCGGAGCGUCCUCCGGUCUCUCCACUAGUCCUCUCAGCAGUCCCAGGCCGGUCCGGCGCUUCUUUAUCCCGCCCCAGUCGCCGGACCUCUGUCAGUCGCCCAACUGUAGCCCCACCCAUUCCCCAGAGUUCCGUCUUAACCACAACGGGGUAGGGGGGGCCAACCGCGUGCACCCACACCCGCUUCCAAACUCCUACACGCCAAAGAUGGGGUCCCCCCUGAUGCACCCCCGCACACAGACCCUCCCCGCCAAGCCCAAAGUGUCUGAGAAGCCCCUUCAGACCACCAGGUCCAACCCCCUUCCCAACUCAGCUGACAGCCCAACCACCCCCAAGUCGGAGCCCACCUCCCCCUCCUCACCCCUGGGCAGCCCCCCCUACGUCCCCAACAGCCCGCGGCCACGCCGCCACCCGCCCCUCACUGUGCCCCCCAAGCUCUCCAUCCCCCUGUCGCCGGCGUCACCCAUGUCCCCCCUCCACCGGCACCGCCUCCACCCUGACCACAACGGUCACAAAUCUGUCCCCACCAUACAGGUGACUCCCCACCCCUCUCCGCGGGGGAGCCCCCUCCCUACCCCCAAGGGCACUCCGGUGCACACGCCAAAGGAGAGCCCGGCGGGCACCCCUAGCCCAACGCCGCCCCCCAGCCCCUCCAUCGGCGGGUUGCCCUGGAGGACACGUCUCAACUCUAUCAAGAACAGCUUCCUGGGCUCACCACGCUUCCAUCGCAGGAAAAUGCAAGUUCCCACCCAGGAGGACAUGUCCAGUCUCACACCAGACUCUUCACCAGAGCUUGCCAAGAAGUCAUGGUUUGGUAACUUCAUCAACCUGGAGAAAGAGGAGCAGAUCUUUGUGGUGAUCAGAGACAAGCCUCUCAGCUCCAUCAAAGCAGACAUCGUUCACGCCUUCCUCUCUAUCCCCAGUCUGAGCCACAGUGUGAUCAGUCAGACAAGUUUCCGGGCGGAGUAUAAGUCCACAGCCGGCCCUACAGUGUUUCAGAAGCCGGUCAAGUUCCAGGUGGACAUCACCUAUACAGAGAGCACCGCCGCCACCAAAGAGAACGGCAUCUAUUCGGUCACCUUCACCCUGCUCUCAGGUCCCAGCCGCCGUUUCAAGCGUGUGGUUGAGACCAUUCAGGCUCAACUGAUGAGCUCACAUGACCAGCCCGGGGUCCAGCAGAUCUCUGGCAGCCCGUUGAGUAACUUCUUUGACGUAAUUAAACAGCUUUUUUCAGACGAGAAGAACAGCCAGGCGUCGCACAACCCCCCUGGCACACCCGGCACACCUAGCCCCGCCCCCGCCAAGCAUGCCCCCGGCAGCAGGCGAAACGAGCCAUGUCCCCCACCCACUCAGCCCACUGACUCUAAAUGCCCCCCGCUUCUGGGCAAAGACUAACAAACAAAGAUGGCCGCCACCAGCCGGACUGGGGAACAACCUUAAGACCGGAGAGAAGUAGCUAGCUCUCUGUUGCAUGACUAGAGAAUAACCACCUGUUAUCAGGUCAUUCAAAGCCCAAUACAAAACCCACGAGAGUGUGUGAGAGAUGACAAAUGAAAUGAGAGAUGCUGCUUUCUUUGCUUUAGUCAGUAGGCUUAGUGUGUUUGUCUCGAGAAAAAUCUACUUUUGAUUAUCACAGAGAGAAACUUUUGUACUGUAUAAUCAUGGAACGACUACUCUUUGAGUUUAGCAAUCGAUCGUUGAUCAGUAUUUGACGAUAUAAGUACCACAUGUAGCCAUGUUCCUUUUCUGUUCAUCUACCCUCUCGUCCCUUUCCCACGCCGUGGGAUGUGUGUUAGUGUGUAUGUGUCUGCUCUGUGAUGAUGGCUUGACCUUGUCUCUACCACCAGGGAUCAUCACUAAAACCUAUUAGAGAAACAAGAUGGAGGACAGUGUGUGUGUCCCAACCUGGGGCACUUUGUCAACAACGGGAGUAUAUGAGCCAGAGACGGAGGACAAGAGAAAGACUUCACAUACUUCACACUGCUGUCCCCCUCCUCCCCAUGCACCCCCUCCUGCUUUCCACCCGCACACACAAAUACACUAAACCGUAGAGUACUAGAGAAUCUCUCUUCAUCAUGACAGACACCCAGAGACAGAUUAGCCCGAAGAGUUGGAGAAAAGCCUUAAAAAGACUGAUGUUUGUCAAACCUAUACUACACGCAUCCCCUCCCCUCCUUUCUCUCCUCAUUGUCUAUCCUCCUACACACACACACACACACACACACACACACACACACACACACACACACACACACACACACACACACACACACACACACACACACACACACAC